AUGAGGAGCACGCCCCUGCUCCUCGUCUCUCUGUUCACUCUGCUUCAGCUCGGGGACUGCCGCCUGGCCAAUGCCGAGGAAAAGCUGAUGGACGACCUCCUGAACAAAACCCGCUACAACAACCUGAUCCGCCCAGCCACUGGCUCCUCUCAGCUCAUCUCCAUCCGCCUGGAGCUGUUACUGUCCCAGCUCAUCAGCGUGAAUGAACGAGAACAGAUCAUGACCACCAACAUCUGGCUGAAACAAGAAUGGACUGACUACCGCCUGGCCUGGAACAGCUCCUGCUAUGAAGGGGUGAACAUUCUGAGGAUCCCGGCAAAGCGUAUCUGGUUGCCUGACAUCGUGUUGUACAACAAUGCCGAUGGGACCUAUGAGGUGUCUGUCUACACCAACGUCAUCGUGCGUUCCAACGGCAGCAUCCAGUGGCUGCCCCCAGCUAUCUACAAGAGCGCCUGCAAGAUCGAGGUGAAGCACUUCCCCUUCGACCAGCAGAACUGCACCCUCAAGUUCCGUUCCUGGACCUACGACCACACAGAGAUUGACAUGGUCCUUAAGUCACCCACAGCCAUCAUGGAUGACUUCACCCCCAGUGGUGAGUGGGAUAUUGUGGCCCUCCCAGGACGAAGGACAGUGAACCCACAGGACCCCAGCUAUGUGGACGUGACCUAUGACUUCAUCAUCAAGCGCAAGCCACUGUUCUACACCAUCAAUCUCAUCAUCCCCUGUGUGCUCAUCACCUCGCUGGCCAUCCUGGUCUUCUACUUGCCCUCGGAUUGCGGCGAGAAGAUGACACUUUGCAUCUCUGUGCUGCUGGCGCUCACCUUCUUCCUCCUGCUCAUCUCCAAGAUCGUGCCUCCCACCUCCCUGGACGUACCGCUCAUUGGCAAGUACCUCUUGUUCACCAUGGUGCUGGUCACCUUUUCCAUCGUCACCACUGUGUGCAUCCUCAACGUGCACCACCGCUCACCCAGCACUCACACCAUGGCGUCCUGGGUCAAGGAGUGCUUCCUGCACAAGCUGCCCACCUUCCUCUUCAUGAAGCGCCCAGGUCUCGAAGUCAGCCCCGCCAGGCUUUCUCAUCCCAGCCAGCUGCACCUGACCACAGCUGAUACUGCAAGCACCUCUGCCUUAGGCCCCACCAGCCCAUCCAACCUCUAUGGGCAUUCCAUGUACUUUGUGAACCCCGUCCCUACCGCCCCUAAGUCUGCGGUCAGCUCCCACACUACAGGCCUCCCCAGGGAUGCCCGGCUGAGGUCCUCUGGGAGGUUCCGGCAGGACCUACAGGGAGCUUUAGAGGGCGUCAGCUUCAUUGCUCAGCAUCUGAAGAGCGAUGACCAAGAUCAGAGCGUCAUCGAAGACUGGAAAUUCGUUGCGAUGGUCGUCGACCGCCUGUUCCUGUGGGUGUUCGUGUUUGUGUGCAUUCUGGGCACCAUGGGGCUCUUCCUACCUCCCCUCUUCCAGAUCCAUGCGCCUUCCAAGGGCCCCUAGGCUCCCCCCAGCAUGCCAAGGGCCCCUGGGUUGAAG